AUUCACAUCCUUCGUCGCCUGGCACCCGGCAUGUGCGCGGCGCAAUCGAUUCCAAAGCUCAACGCAUGCCCUCCAUUUCGUUCUUCGUGGAAGAGUACUCAGUCGGUGGCAUUGCUGCGGCACAACAGGACGUGCACGGAAAGAGAUGAUCUAAAAAGUCAUACGCGUAGGGCACGUAAAAAUUAUACCGAAGAUACAAAAUCACUCAAGCGGGACCGUCGAGGGCCAAGAUGUAUUAAAGUCGAAGAGGAACGAGACGCGUCACGCCCAGGAACAUCUAUGGGCCGCAAACGGUGGUGGCAUGGAGGCUCGGAGCUGCUGGUGCUCUUUAUCCUCCAUCACGUUAUUCUGGGCGAUGGUGAUGUCGGAUGUCUGUUCAGCGAAAGCCUCUGCAAUCCCCAAACGGAAACUUGCUUCAAUGACCUGGCAUUCGGUAAAUGCUUGCCUCUGUACGCCGAUCUGAACGACGAGGAUUACUAUCAGUAUGACUUCAACGUCGACGAAUUGGAGCUGCUGAGACUGCAAUUAGAGAGGCUGGAAAUCGAUGGGUACAAAUGGGCACAUCCCUAUGCGCAGUGUAUUAUGCAAACGUCCUUGUACAAUUUACGUCACGGAGAAAAUUACGAUCUCAGGUUGUGUCAGCAUCACAUGCAACGCACACGUUAUGAGAACGACAACGCUAUCGACCAGGCCAGAGUACCUGCUAUAGCCAUAGUAAAAUUUACGCCGAACAACGGUAAUUCCGGUAACCAGUUCGCCAGCGAACUGUACUAUCCUCCAGGGACUCCGAACCAAUACAUUACCGAUACAUUCUACAACGACGAGUUCCCACAAUCAUCGUACAAUGAACAACCGAGAGAAUCCGCGUCUAGGGUCGACAGACCGAGGUACGAUUCGAACACUUACAACGAAUACACGUCUUUGACCAAUGAGAAGAACUACGAGGACCUUGAGAGCAAGCUGAGGCAGAAGCUCGUGUCGUUCGACGGGGUGGACGACAGGCUUUAUCGAACUAGGAGACAACCGUACGGUAUACGAGAUUACAAUGACGACGUUAUCGAGUCGAUAAAGAGUGCUUUGAAUCAGGACGCGAAGGAAAAGUUCACAGACGACAGGGGUCCAAGCGCAAUCGACACCCUACCCGUUCAGGAAUUGGAGUUUUUAAUCAGCGAAAAGCCUUCCAGCGAUUAUUUCAAUAAGAAGCAGACUGGAGACGACCUGGACGUCGAGUACGAGAAAGCAUUCUCCAGGAAGUACAAACACCCGAGGAAAUUCACCGAGCUUUUGGACAAGGAUGAACUUUUGCUGGAGAAUGUGAAACGUAACUCUAAGGACGAUGAUUACGUAAACAAUGAUUACGAUGACGUUGGCGCUGAGAUUGAAUUGCCCCAGAGGGACACUUCGUCGAUGGAGAACGCGAUGUACACCGAAGGAGGUCUUGUACAGGCUGUUAGCGAUAAGUCUGACAGCGAUGGAGACGAGAACACGUACGACGCUCUUUUCGACGACGAUUUGAAUGAGUUUCUUUGGAGACGAGAAUUGGCUGGAUUUAAGAGGCGCGAACGCUUGGAUGUGAAGAAACCAGGACCACCCUUCUCGACGAACAACUACGCGUUUAAAACUCCGUCUCCGCCUACUGUGGAGGAUGAAAAUCGAUCUGACUCGAGUGAAGCCGAACAGGACAAGGAAGUAUUGUACGUUCCAUUUGUGAAAAAGGAAUUAAAGACUGAACAUCAGCCAGAGAGUUCUUCAAGAUCGUACGACAAUGUUGAUUUAGAUUACGUUUACAUGGAGUUUCGGCAACCGUUCCAUACGUGGUCCGAGGGCGAGCACGUUGUCACGGAGGUGGGCAAACUAUUAGGUCUGUCAACAGGAACGUUAAAAGACAUUCGAGUCGGUCGUGCGGAAGUAACGUUUAAAGUCGUGGACAAUAAUAAAAAUUAUAAUGCUACCGACGUGGUCAGCAAGAUAGAUGACAUACGUGGCAAGCUGCAGGAGAGUUUAAGUGUUGACGUGAUUCGUGCAGGCAUAGGUGACAAGGCUAAAUUACCAGCAACGUUAGAAGUGGCCGGAGUCUCAAGCGUGUUCGGUGCACUAGUGGCUGCAGGUGUUGCAGCUGCCGGUGCAGCCGCGGUCGUGACGUUGGUAAUUGCACGUCGUCACGCCAAGUCUCGAGCCAAGCUGGCAGGAUUGUCCACUCCUGACCCAGAAGCGUCCAAAGAUUAUCAGGAUUUGUGCAGAGCGAGGAUGCAGGCGAAACAGCCAACGGACAAACCGGAGUCGCCGCGUGUCACCAAUCUAAGUCGCGAAAGCGAAUCGAACAAUUUGCCCUCGAAUCGUUCCAGUACAUCGUCGUGGGGGGAAGAAGCGGCUCUUUCGAACAUGGACAUAUCAACUGGACAAAUGGUUCUUAGUUACAUGGAGGAUCACCUACAAAAUAAGGACCGAUUAGACGAAGAAUGGGCAGCGUUGUGCGUAUACGAGGUGGACUCAUGCUCUACCGAUAUAGCCGAGAGCGAAGCGAACAUUAAAUGCAAUCGUCCUGGCGCAUCCCUUCCCUACGAUCAUUCCAGGGUGAUAUUAAACGAUCUCGCUAACGCCAAUAAUUCUGACUAUAUUAACGCCUCCACGAUCAAAUCGACGGAUCACGAUCCUCGAAAUCCAGCUUACAUCGCUACCCAAGGUCCACUACCGCAUACAACGGCAGAUUUCUGGCAGCUCGUUUGGGAACAAGGCAGCGUGGUGAUCGUAAUGCUGACUAGGCUCACCGAAGAGGGUGUCGGCAUGUGUCAUCGCUACUGGCCAGAAAAAGGAUCGGAAUUGUACCAUAUCUACGAGGUGCACCUUGUUUCCGAACACUUUUGGUGCGACGAUUACCUGGUACGCUCCUUCUACCUGAAGAAUCUACGUACAGGCGAGACUCGGACUGUAACGCAAUUCCACUUCUUGUCCUGGCCUGAGAACGGCGUGCCAUACUCCACCAAGGCUCUUCUCGAAUUCCGUCGAAAAAUCAAUAAAUCGUACAAAGGCAGAUCAUGUCCCAUAGUUGUACACUGCAGUGACGGUGUCGGUCGUACCGGUACAUACUGUUUGAUCGACAUGGUCUUGAACCGUAUGAUGAAAGGAGCUAAGGAAAUCGAUAUCGCGGCUACUCUAGAACACAUAAGAGAUCAAAGACCCGACAUGGUUGCAACAAAACAACAAUUUGAAUUCGUACUGAUGGCUGUAGCGGAAGAGGUACACGCUAUCCUGAAGGCUUUGCCCGCGCCACCCGCAGACAAAUCUUUAACCGGAAGCAACUCUUCGUCGAAGGAAAGCCAGUAAGAUCCGAAUUAAAAAUUUCAAGUUGCAGUCGCAGCGAGGAAUGGCAGAGUAUCCAAUUACAGUCUACAUAAAAGAAAGAAAAUGGCCAAAUAUUUCUAGUCAAUCAUCUACGAAUCUAAAAACCAUCGAUGAAUCUUUCGUUUCUCAUAAUUUUCUUCCCCGAAAUACUUUCAACGGGUAGCGAAAUCAAAUAUCCUGAUUACGAACUUCCGAACGAGCUUCGCUUCGAUCACACUUCGUUUAAAAGCAUUCGACUUUUAGUAUUUGUAAGUUUUGUUAUGUAAUUCUGCUGGAUUAUUGAUCACACGCGAUGAUGCAAACGAUAUGUACAAAUUCGAUUGUUGAACGAUUACUCUUAGGUAGCGGUGCCGAUCUGUAACACUUAUUGCGUAUCUCAUUUGACUACGGCCUACUUAAAUAAUCAGGUACAAGCAUAUGGAUUCGAAAGACUGAGCUAUGUACCUGUUGGAAUUCUAAAUACCGGCUAAUAAUGAAAUCAUUUUUACCACAUAUUCUUGUAAAAUUGCCCGUUAACGUGAUCCUUCUAGCAACCGAUUUUAUCUGGUACUAAAAUUAUUUUAUUAUGAAAAUGAACGCUUACCACCGAUUAUGUAGCUCAGUCUUUACAUGGUUUCUUCCUUUCUUAAUCUAUAUGAAGUUGCUAUUUAAGUAAUAUUGAAAUUAUGUUGCUUCCUCUCAUAGAUGACUUCACUAAUGUGCUUUACCGUAACUUUAAACAGAAUAUCAAAAUAUAUUGCAAAAUAAUUAACAUAGUUUUAUCUGCUCAGUCAAUUUCAACAAGUAUACACAACGUGGAUGUUCGCAUUGAUAAGUUUAUUAUUUUACAUUGUGCAACCUAUUCAAAUUCUAUAUAUGAUUUGACUCAUAUUUCCAUUCGAACGAACUGUUUUAAAGGCGAUAUACGAAACUGGAACAAAAUUUUUGUUUUCAAAGUGCGAAUAUCGAGAUCAUAGUUUUAUAGAUUGAAAUCAGAAUUUUUAUACUAUCGUUGAAUAUUCUAAAAAAGGGUAUGGUUUUCAAUGCAUGACUAUGACUGUUAAUUACAGAGAAUGAAAAUUUAUUCGGUGUUGCGCAUACGGAUUGUAUGCGGAACGCACCGCUAAAUGCUAUUUAUCAGUAUUUUUUCUACGCGUACGGGAAAGUAUGAUCGAGCUGCACAAUAUCCAUGGACGUUUAUAAUUAAGUAUCGUCAUUAUUCAAAAUUAUGAGAAUAAUGUUUUAUCAAUGUGACACGAAUUAUUGUAUGACCACGUAAUGUAAACUUAAUGUCCUAAAUAUCACGUGGAGGUGUUUGUUAACAUGCUAUCCGAACAUGUUUAAUCAUUACCAUUGUGAUAAUGAUGUUAGGUGGUAUGUAAAAGAAAAUAUAAGUAUACGUGUUUGCACAAAUUGUCACAUCAAUAUGACAAGUUGUAAAUGGAAAACGUUCUUCUUGCUUUAAAUUGCGGCCCUGUUGGUCCUGUAGAUCCAGCCUCCCACAGGAUGAACAGACUGCAUCAAAGGUUCCUUCCUUCUUAUUGUGCAGUACGAUUACUGUCAAUUAAUAUUUUGUUUCUUCGUCUUUUCUAUUUCUAUGUUACUCCUUUUUUCUAUUAAAUUAAACGAAUCAAAUUAUAUUUUGAAUUAAUUCUUAACGCUGCUUCUUUUUUUUGAAAAUUUCAUUGGCACCUUUAAAUAUAAAGAUAUUAAACAUAUUAGUUGUAAUACUUUACGUUUUGUAACUUGCAAGUUGCUUUGACUAAACUGAUAAAGUUUCAACGAAUUUUCAAUUAAUAUGAAUGAAUAUACUGUGAACGCAACGUGAAAGUUUGCUUGACCAAGAAAUAAGUUUCAUUAUACUUUUUUUAGCACAGAUUCAUAUAACAGAUUCUAUAUUCUUACGCAAAAG